AUGCCGUACCCCUGUCCUCAGUGUGGCCAGUAUUAUAUUGAAGAAGAAAAGCUUAAACGACACCAGGUUAAACGACACCAGCACACCCCCACCACAGACCAGCCGUGUAGUGGAGAAGAAGGAAACGUUUCCAGUGUCCAGUUAAAGACGGAACCAGUGGUGCAGGACUGCAGUAGGUCAACUCGAGGACAACGAGGGACACAGGAAGAGGACGAGAAAGAGGAGGAACAGCCUGAGACCGUUCCUGAAAGUCACCCCGACAUCUCACUUCCCGAAAGUGAUCCAGACACUUCACUUCCUGAAAGUAAUCCCGACACUCCACUUCUUGAAGGUGACCCCGACACCCCACAUCCUGAACGAGUCCCAGACCGAGCCAGACUCCCCAGGCGUCCUGCAGCCAAGCUCUGGAUGUCAGGCACCCCAAAGAUAGGACUGACAGCGUUUCAGGUGUUCUCCUGUUCCCUCUGUCCAAAAUCCUACACGGCUGAAAUCUACCUCCACAAGCACAUGAAGUUAAACCACCAUGAAGAGUACACACGGAUGGUGAGAUCUGGAGAUAUCAGACCAGAGACUCUGAGCACCCCAUUUUACAGAAAUCCACCACAACCAAUCAACAACGAAACACAGCGCGAAAACUCCACUGUAGAAUCCAACUCAUCGGCCAAUAGGGUGCGCGUUCAGAGGGAGACACGGUUCUGCUGCUCUGAGUGUGGUAAAUAUUGCUGUAGUCGUGACGCUCUUAAACGACACCAGCUCAUCCACACUGGAGAGAGACCAUACCACUGCACUCACUGUGGCAAAAGUUUCACUUCUCGGACAGAACUUAAGGUGCAUGUGCGAGUUCACACAGGAGAAAAACCAUACCACUGCACUGAGUGUGGCGAGAGUUUCACCCAAAUAUCGAAUCUUAAAACCCACCAACGCAGUCACUCAGGGGAGAAGCCAUACCACUGCACAAAGUGUGGCAAGAGUUUCACUAAUAUGUUUGGCUACAAAACACAUAAAGAACUCCACACUGGAGAGAGGCCAUACCACUGCUCCCAAUGUCGCAAAGGUUUCACCACAUUGGGAGGUCUCAAACAGCACAUGCGUAUACAUGCAGGAGAGAGGCCAUUCAAUUGCACAUUGUGUGAGAGGAGUUUCACCUAUAAACAAGAAUUGACAAGACAUGAGCGUGUUCAUGCAGGAGAAAAACCGUACCACUGCACUCAGUGUGGUACCAGUUUCCAUUCUGGGCAGGAACUUAAGAUGCACCUGCGCGUUCACACAGGGGAGAAACCAUACCACUGUGUUGACUGUGACAAGAGUUUCACCCAAAUAUCGAAUCUCAGAACUCACCAACGCAGUCACUCGGGAGAAAAGCUGCACCACUGCACUGAGUGUGGGAAGAGUUUCACUCUUGCGCAAGGUCUCAAGGUACACCAGCGCAUACACACGGGAGAAAAGGUGCACCAGUGCAGCCUGUGUGACAAGAGUUUCAGUCGGGUGGAUGUGCUCAAAAUACACCAGCGGGUGCACACAGGAGAGAGGUUGUACCACUGCUCUCAUUGCAACAAGGGUUUCACUCAAAAAGGUCACCUUCAACUACACCAACGCAUUCAUACCGGAGAAAGGCCUCACCCUUGUGGUCAGUGUGGAAAGGCUUUCUCUACCCCAAUAAAUCUUAAGAUACACCAGCGUACUCACACAGGAGAGAAGCCGUACCACUGUGCUGAAUGUGGCAAGGGCUUCAGCCAAUCAUCAAAUCUCAGAACUCACCUGCGCCGUAGUCAUAGUCAUAAGCAGUGAAGGACAGCGUUAGCUUGACAUAUGUAGCGCAUGUACUUGACUCAGCAGACAGUAGGUGAACAUUGGCAGUUACGUUAGCCUAAAUUGGAUCGCUGCUUACACAGUGAAAGAAAGCUAGCUAAUGUUAGCUUGACAUGUAUUUUCCAGACUAUAAGCAGAGACUUUCUAAUGAGGUGACACAGCA